AUGGUUGUUCUUGUUUCCGUGGGUUGGACUAAUGGUGUUUCUCUGUAUGAGCAGAAAAUGGCACCUAGACCACCUCCUCCUCCUCUUUCUCAGCCUGAGCCUUCUGAGAACACCGUAAGACUGGAGGCUGUACUUGAGGCUAUGCAACUUCAGAAUACUGCCUUGGUGCAACAAAACACCAUCGCUCUUCAAAACCUAGAAGCUGCAAGAGUGUCAGCUGAAGAUACUCAGAAGUACCUCAGGGAAAUGAUGGCUAAUGGAAGACCUACUCCUGGUGUUUUUGCCCCUAUUGCCAUUCCAGUUAAGGAGUGGAGUUUGGAGAGUUUUCUCCAACAUCAUCCCGACAGAUUUACUGGCAAGUGCAGUCCGGAUGAGGCCGAUCAUUGGUUCCAAGAUAUGGAGCGAAUCUAUGAAGCCAAAGGGUGUCCGGAUGAGAAGAAGCUAGCCUACACCCAGUACUUGCUGACAGGAGAAGCUGGACAUUGGUGGAACAGUGUGAAGAUGAUCUUGGAGAGGAACGAGACUCCUAUCACUUGGGAGUUGUUCAGAACUAAAUUCUACACUAAAUACUUCCCAAAUAGUGUCAGGUUUGCUAAGGAAGUAGAGUUUCUUGAGUUGACUCAGGGCAGCAAAUCGGUAUCGGAGUAUGCAGAUCGUUUUAAACACCUGCUUCGCUUCAACACCAUGUCAAUAGAUGAAGAAUGGCAGUGUCGCAAGUUUGAGAAUGGCUUGAGGAAGGAUAUAAAGUUACUAGUAAAAGGAUUGUGCAUUAAAGAAUUCUCCGCUUUGGUAGAGAUGGCCCGUGAUAUGGAAAAGACUAAGGGAGAACUAGAGGGACCUCAGAGACAACAGAACCAGCCACUUAGGGUUGGUGGACCUGUGAUAUCCCGGGGAGGCUCCAGUUCUAGAAAGACCCCUUUUUCUAGACCCUCUUACUCCGGGUCCAGGGGUUCUUCCUCUCAGUCAUCGGAGAAAUCCAGUUUUGCCAGUUCCGUUAGAUGCUUCAAGUGUGGUGGACCACACCUCCAGAUGUCUUGCCCUCAGUUAGAAGGGUAUAGGAGGUGUAAUAUCUGCAGGCAAGAGGGACACUACGCCAGAGACUGUCCUACUACUAGGAGGGCAGGACCACAGCCACGCCAGGCUGGCAGAUCUAUUCAGAGGGGUGGGCACAGACCUGAGCCAACCGGGAGAGUCUAUGCGUUGACUAAGACUGAGGCAACUAGUGCAGGUAAUUUAAUUAUCAACAGUUGUUUGUUAUUUGGAGCUUCGUGUGUGACGUUGUUUGAUUCGGGGGCGACACAUUCUUUUGUGUCUAAAGCUUGUGUGGAGAGGCUUGGUUUAGUUGUCAGAGAGCUUCCGUGUGAUCUGGUGGUGUCUACACCAGCAGCUGGGUUAGUCAAGACAUCUAAUGUGUGCUCCAGAUGUCCUAUUGAGGUAGAGGGGCGUAGGUUCAGAGUGAACCUUAUUUGCUUACCUCUACAGGAGCUAGAGGUAAUUCUGGGAAUGGAUUGGUUAGCAGCCAAUCGUAUUCUUUUAGAUUGCGGUGGUAAGAAGUUAAUAUUUCCCAAAGAAGAGGAAGACUUGUCGUUAUCACUCGGUGUAUUGAGGCAAGACAUCUUCGAGGGCGCCAGCUGCUUCCUAAUUAUGUUUCAUAUGGACGGGACUUCUAAUUUGAACUCUUUAGCGAUUGGGAACCAGAGUGUAGACCUUCUUGUUGUGAAUGACUUCAUGGAUGUUUUCCCUGAAGAAGUUCCUGGUUUACCUCCUCCGCGAGAAGUGGAGUUCUCUAUUGAUCUGGUCUCAGGAGCAGGACCAGGUGCGCCAGUGUUGCUAGUAAAGAAGAAAGAUGGUAGCUCAAGGUUGUGCGUCGACUAUCGACAGUUGAAUAAGUUGACAAUCAAGAACAAAUAUCCAUUGCCGAGGAUCCAUGAUCUGAUGGAUCAAUUGCAUGGAGCUACGGUAUUCUCCAAGAUUGAUUUGAGGUCGGGUUACCAUCAAAUUUUAGUGAAAGCCGAUGAUGUGCAGAAGACGGCAUUCAGGUCCAGGUAUGGUCACUAUGAGUAUGUGGUUAUGCCUUUUGGUGUGACUAAUGCUCCAGCCAUAUUCAUGGACUAUAUGAAUCGAAUUUUCAGACCCUUCUUGGACAAGUUCGUGGUGGUGUUUAUAGAUGACAUACUUGUCUAUUCUAAAACUCGGGAAGAACAUGAAGAUCACCUUAGGGCAGUGCUUGAAGUGCUGAGAGAAAGAAGAUUGUACGCCAAGUUGUCCAAGUGUGAGUUUUGGAUGAAAGAGGUUCCUUUUCUUGGACAUGUGAUUUCAGCUGGAGGAAUUGUUGUUGAUCCCGCUAAGGUACAAGCAGUGCUUCAGUGGGAGAGACCUAAGACUGUUACAGAAGUCAGGAGCUUUGUGGGUUUAGCGGGCUACUACCGCCGUUUUAUUGAGAGUUUAUCCUGGAUUGUGGCGCCGUUAACACAACUGACUAGGAAGGAUCAACCUUUUAUUUGGACAGAUCGUUGUGAGACUAGCUUCCAAGAGCUAAAGAACAGGUUGACUAGUGCACCGGUUUUGGUUGUCCCUGACACAAGUAAACCUUUUGAGGUUUUUUGUGAUGCCUCUCAUCAGGGAUUAGGGUGUGUACUAAUGCAGGAGAAGAAGGUAGUGGCAUAUGCAUCAAGACAACUCAAGGUUCAUGAGAAGAAUUAUCCCACUCAUGAUUUGGAGUUGGCAGUUGUGGUAUUUGCUUUGAAGAUUUGGAGACACUACCUGUAUGGCGCGCAAUUUCAGGUGUUCAAUGAUCAUAAGAGCCUGAAAUACCUCUUUGAUCAGAAGGAGCUUAAUAUGAGGCAAAGGCGAUGGAUGGAGUUUCUUAAAGAUUUUGACUUUGAUCUCCUUUAUCACCCUGGGAAGGCUAAUGUGGUGGCGGAUGCAUUGAGCAGGAAGUCAGUGCAUAUUUCAGCCUUAAUGGUCAGAGAGCUGGAGUUAGUGAAAAGCUUCAGAGAUUUGAGGUUGCAGGUAGAAUUUGAAGCUGACAGCAUCAGAUGCAAUAAUUUGGUGGUGUCCAAUGACUUGUUGAAGCAUAUUAAAGAAGAGCAGUCGAAGGACGUUGAGCUCCAAACGUCCUCCAGUUUGAUUGGGACUGAACAAGGAAAAGAUUUUGCCUUGGGGGCUGAUGGUAUCUUAAGGUUCAAAGGCAGAAAGGCUAAGAUAGAGCAUCAGAGACCGGGAGGUUUGUUGCAACCAUUAGAAAUUCCAGAGUGGAAAUGGGAUAGCGUCGCUAUGGACUUUGUUACCCAUUUGUCACUCACUGUCCGAAGACAUGAUGCAAUAUGGGUAAUAGUGGACCGAUUGACCAAGAGUGCCCACUUCUUGGCAAUUGAUUUGAGAAUGUCUAUGGCAAGGUUGGCGCAACUGUAUGUUAAGGAGAUAGUGAGAUUACAUGGGGUGCCUUCGAGUAUUGUAUCAUGCUUGUCACUUUCAAUGUUACGUUUUCUGAUUUAG